AUGUUCAGUACCGCCCCGAGGGGUUCGUAUAUUGAUGAGCGCAUCUGCAGGACCUAUUGCAAGCAUGUGCUGCUCGCCAAUUGGCAGGAAUUGCGUCUGGGCAGUCAAGAGUUGAAUAAUUGCGUGACGCCAGGACUGAACCGAGUGGAUGCCUGCAUACGGCACAAAUCAGAGGCACAGGUUAGCUACGUGCCACCUCAUAAGCUGGAGGAGCCCGGUCAAACGAAGCGGCAAUUUCUGGGGGCGCGCAACGAAUCGCUGCACAACUUCAAAUGCAAUCGAUCGUCGCAAUUGUGCUUCAAGUUGGACGAGGACAUGGUCAACAAUUAUACAACCACAUACAACAUAAUGUUCGACAUUCUCCCCAAGCAGGCGAAAGAGAAGGCGAAGAUGCCCGAGAAUGCAUCCAUUGUGCCGAGCCGACCCGAACAACGGGAUCUGAUGCUCAGCUACGGCAAUCGCACCAAGACGGGCAGCCGCUGCCGGCUUAUGGCUGACAUGUACCUGGAUAAGUUGCAGCGCUUGCAAACAACUUAUGCGGCAGAAUAUGAACGGUAUGCAACGGGCUUAUCGGACAAAUAA